AUGUCCGCACUCCUACAUCCUGCGCUGCGCGCGCCCGUUGACGUGGCCGAAGGGCCCUAUGCGCUUCAGGUCGGCACAGAUACGCAUGUGGCCAUCACCGUAACGCAUGCCGGCCAGGAGCACGGCCGCCUCAAGCACACCGUGACCGUGCGCACGGAGCAGGGCGACCCUGGCAUGACGGCUUCGCUGCAUGUCCUCGCGCCCUGCGCAGCGUACACGCACCCGUCGCAGGAGCCAGACGACAACUCGGUCACGGCGCGCAUGCGCCGCGCCGCGCACGUCCAGAUGCACGCGGAGGGCGGGCUGUCGCUCCUGCAGGCGUGGACGCUCGUCUAUGUCGUGUUCACGCUGUGGCCCGAUCAGGAGGCGUUUGUUCUUGCGCGUGCGCCCGGCACACCGGUGUCUGCGCUCCUGGAGUGCGGCCUCGCCGUGCCACACCCUGACUGCAUUCACAGCCGUGACUGGGCCACCCGCGGCGAUGUGCUCGUGUUGCGUGCAGCGUUCUGGCAGGGCGCUGGGCCGCUGGGCGCAGCCGCCUGGGUGCCCAGUCUGGCGCACGCGUCGCCGUACCCGUUCGUGCCCGCCACGUACGGCCAUGCAGCACAGGGACUCGUGUCGAGUGUGCAGCAUCCGCUGCGGCCCCUCAAGAUAGGCGCAUGGGACGCAUCGCGCGGGGAUGCCGAGCCCGUAUAUCGUCGCUACAUUCCUGCGCUGCAGCAGACGCUCACGUUCCGCCUCGCGCGCUCGCAGUCGGACUUGGACGUCGACUUGUUACACUGCUGGCACGCCACGGACCGAGUGCGCACGGGCUGGCGCCAGGACCUCCCGCGGGCGGAGCACCAGGCGUACCUGGCCGCCCAGGAAGCAUCGAGCGACUCGGUCGCGCUCAUUGCGGAGUGGGAUGGCGAGCCGUUUGGGUAUGUGGAAAUCUACUAUGCCAAGGAGUCGAGUCUGCGCGGCUUUUACGACCUUCACGACUUUGACCGCGGCUUCCAUGCGCUCGUCGGCGAGGAGCGCUUCCGUGGGCCGCACCGGGUGCGUGCAUGGAUGGGUAGUGUGAUCCACCUGCUAUUCCUCCUUGAUCCACGCACGACACGCGUCGUGAGUGAGCCGCGCGCGAGCAACACAAAAAUGGUCGAGUACGAGUGUCUCUGUGGCGGGCAUGUCGAGAAGCUGAUUGAUCUGCCGCACAAGCGCGCCGCUCUCGUGCUGUUCCCGCGCGAGCGCUUCUUCCAGCUGUGCCCACUGGGGCCACUGCCGGGUCAGCAUACGUAG